AUGUCAACAAUACCUUUCCGAGAGACAAUCCCAGGGAAGUUCGAACAGCGCACCAGGAAGUUUUUUAGAGAUCUUUUCCCCACCCCUCAAGAAAACAAAGCCGCCAUCCCCUAUGAGGCUUUGCCCGAGGAGAUCGAGAUUCAAAGAAGUAAUGCUCAACAGGAGACUGGUUUCAUCCCAGUAGAAGGAACAAUUACAUUCAAAGAUCUUUAUUUCACUGUACAGAUGUCUAUUGCUACGAACAACCUGAUGGCGUCGCUUGGCAGAACAUCUCAUCAAGACCAAGAAAUCAUGCGUUUCCGUGGAAUAAAAGACGCUAGAAACAUGGUUUCGGCGCACAAUGGCCGGCAUCAGAUCAUAAUCAUAGAUGACCACCAGGCUUUGGCAGCCCACAAGGCUGACAUGAAACAAGCUGCCAGAGUUAUCAGUCAUGUGGCUAAAACGGCCGAUGGCAACGGGUUGGAACUCUAUCGUGCCUCUCCAAGUGUGAAAAAUCCGCGCAUAUGCAAGACGAGCUUCCAGGUCGAAGAAGCAAUCUUGGAGAUGCACUCAGUGGGUGGAAUGUGUAACAUGGUCCAUUGUCUCAAAAAGGUGCUCGACAAUGUCCUUGUUGGAAACAGCGUCAAGCCUACUAGCAUCUACAUCUACACCGACGGAGUAUGGAAUACAGAUGCAAGUGACGUUGCAAAGGUGAUUCUCGAAGCAAUUGACUACCUACGUAAAUAUGACCAGCCUUCAAGCACCUUGUUGUUUCAGUUUAUCCAAUUCGGUAACAGUGUAAAAGCCACACAACAACUGCUGUCCUUGAAAGAUCGAUGCAAACAGCAGUUGGGCGGAAUAUUCUUGAACAUCAUUGAUAUAAAGCAUUGCGAAGGCCAUAUUCCCGACAUUAUCAUGGGAAGCAUUCCCAGAUAG